GACUUUAAACUUAAAACGAUAUCUCUAAAUGACGUUAAUUUCCUCGUUAAUAAAGAUCGGUUAAAUUUCGAUUUCUUCGAAAAUGUUCUUAAAUUUUUCAUCGAUUCCGUUCAGACGGAUCGUAUCUUCGAGUGGCAAUAUAUCAAAGAGCUUGUACAAAAGAAAAAUGGCGACCGAGGUGGAAAAAGCACGAGUCGCUACUCCCGGCGGCGAUACUAUAUUUGGGAAAAUAUUGCGUAAAGAACUACCAUGCAACUUUAUUUACGAAGACGAUAAGUGUGUCGCAUUUAAAGAUAUCAACGCCCAAGCUCCCGUACACUUCUUGGUAAUCCCAAGAAAACCGAUUUCACAAUUGUCAAAAGCGGACAACGAGGAUGAAGCUUUGCUGGGCCAUUUGAUGUUGGUAGCUCAAAAAGUGGCGAAACAAGAAGGUUUGGAUAAUGGUUUUCGUUUGGUAAUCAAUGACGGAAAAGACGGUGCGCAAUCGGUCUUUCAUCUGCACCUGCAUGUACUCGGUGGUAGGCAGAUGCAGUGGCCUCCGGGUUAACGAGUUAUACGAUCUAAUCUUAUUUCGCACGAUUCGAAAUUCAUGUACAUCGUGUUUCUCUUUCGAAUGUUAAUAAAAGGUUGAGGUUAUGAAAUACGCAUUGACGCCGUAAAUGGUUUAUAUGUGUGAUAACAUAGGCUUUUCUUUUUUCUUUUCUUUGUAAUUUUCGAUACAUCAGAUUUCAUUAAAAACGAUAGUACGUA